AUGAACGAACACAACUUACACACCUCGAUCGCAUUCGAUGCAACAGCGCAAUCGGCUGGUGGCGUCGUGAGACCAGAAAACAUCGCUGAGGAGAAGACGCAGCAGCAGAACAACCAAGGCAUCGAGGAAGAUGUCAAAUCUGAACAAGACGAGAAGCCUGAUGAUAUCAAAGAAGAAUAUCCGAGUGGCAUACUGCUGGUGCCCAUAUUGAUUGCCAUACUCUGCGCAGUCUUUCUUACAGCCCUGGAUAUGACAAUUCUUGGAACAGCCAUUCCCAAGAUCACAGACGAAUUUGGAGGUCUUAACAUGGUUUCAUGGUAUGGUUCCGCGUACUUCAUGACGUUCGGCGGUUUCCAGUCCAUGUCUGGCAAGUUCUACCGCUACUUCCCACUCAAGUGGUCCUUCCUGGGUGCCAUUUUCGUCUUUGAAAUGGGAAGCUUGAUCUGCGCCGUCGCUCCAAAUUCUAUAACUUUCGUCGUUGGCCGCGCAAUCGCUGGUGUCGGCUCCGCCGGCGUAGUAACUGGGGCGUUCACUAUGGCGGCGUUCGCGGCAGAGCCUAAACGGCGACCAGCUCUAAUGGGGAUUGUUGGUGCUGUAUAUGGCCUUUCCAGCGUCGUCGGUCCGCUUUUGGGAGGAGUCUUCGCGGACACAGUGAGCUGGCGAUGGUGCUUCUACAUCAACCUUCCUAUCGGCGGCGCCUCUGCAGCACUGAUCCUAUUCACUUACAAGACUCCACCACAAGCUGUCAUUACCCAAGCGACUUGGAAGGAAAAGCUCUUGCAAAUGGAUCCUCUCGGCAUUGCGCUCGUGAUGGGUGGCAUCGUUGCAUACAUCUUAGCAUUCGAAAAUGGCGGCCAGAAGCGACCUUGGAACAGCAGCUACGUCAUCGGCCUAUUAGUAGGCUUCGUCGUUAUCGCAAUUACCUUCAUUACAUGGGAGAUCUUCAACGGCGAGCGUUCGAUGCUUCCACCCCGACUUCUCCGCGAGCGAACACUAUGGCAGCCAUCUGCCUUCAUCUUCUUCUUCUCAUCAUCAUAUCUCGUCUUGCUGUACUACCUACCUCUCUAUUUUCAGAGCGUCGACAACCGUAGCGCAAUCAAUUCGGGUGUACUGAACCUUCCACUGGUCCUCGCAAUGGUGUUGGGUAGCAUCGUCAGUGGCGGUGUUGUCUCAAAGACAGGCUAUGCUGCACCUUUCAUGAUUGGCGGUGCCUUUCUAGCGACUAUCGCUACCGGUCUAAUGUAUACAUUCGACAUUGGUACUGGGCUGGGCAAAUGGAUUGGCUAUCAGGCCUUUUACGGUAUUGCAGUCGGGUUAGGCUUCCAGAUGGCCAUCAAUACUGGUCAGGCCAAUGCAAAGGCAGAGGACAUGUCCUCAGCGACGGCAACGAUCUUUUUUUUCCAAACCAUCGGCGGUGCAUUCUCGUUGACUGCGGCUCAGUCUGGAUUUGUCAAUCGCAUGAUCAACACGCUUGCGAGCACAGCACCGAACGUGAACCCGCUGGCAGUAAUUGGAUCUGGUGCGACCCAACUUCGGGACAACUUCGCCGCGGAAGACAUAGCAGGCAUAGUGGUCGCAUACAUGGCGGGCAUCAGGAUCGCGCUCGUUAUUGCGACCGCUUUGGCUGGUGCAGCUGCCGUGGCUGCCGUAUUGGUACCCUUCAAGAGGCUGAACAUGGAACAGGUGCAGGCCGGAGCCGCGUAG